AUACCCGUCAGAGUUUGUUGGACCCAUUGACUGAUUUGGACAACAGAGACAACAACAAUGAUAGCUCUGCUGCUGCUGGCGCUGGUCGCACCCUCCUUUGCUGUGCCUCUGCCGUCUGAGGACAAUGACAAUUUGCUUUUAGCAGAGAACUACCUCCGUCGGUUCUAUGGCCUUCCAGCGGGUCUUCAGGGUAGAGAGAAGUCUUCAGGUACCUUUCAGAACAAGAUCAAGGAGAUGCAGAGAUUCUUCAAUCUCGAGGUGACAGGGAGUCUGGACCACAACACUUUGGAGCUGAUGAAUCAGCCCAGAUGUGGCGUCCCUGACAUCGGGGAGUACAACCACUUCCCUCGACACCUCAAAUGGUCAACUAACAAUGUCACAUUCAGGAUAGUGAACUACACACCAGAUCUGGCGAAGGCUGAUGUAGACAAAGCCAUCCGCAAAGCCCUGAAUGUUUGGUCUGAUGUCACCCCGCUGACCUUUAGGAAAAUGCACGAGGGCAUUGCUGACAUUAUGAUCAGUUUCGGGUCAGGGGAGCACGGAGACUAUAAUCCUUUCGAUGGGCCCAAUGGAUUGCUUGCUCAUGCAUACCCACCAGGCGAAGGCAUCGGCGGAGACACUCACUUUGAUGAGGAUGAAAACUGGACCAAAGAUUCAUCAGCAUACAACCUGUUUAUCGUGGCGACCCAUGAGUUGGGACACGCCCUCGGUAUGUCCCACUCCACAGACCCGGGCGCCCUGAUGUACCCCACCUACGCCUACACUGAAGGCUUCCCGCUGGCUGAGGAUGACAUUGAAGGCAUUCAAGCUCUCUAUGGCCCAAACCCAAAUGAAAAGAAAGUUAAGCCAAAGCCUGACGCCCCCAACAAAUGUGACCCCAUGUUAAGUUUUGAUGCUGUGACGGAGCUCAGAGGAGAAACCGUGAUCUUCAAGGACAGAUUCUACUGGCGUCUCCACCCUCAGAUGCCGGAGCCUGAGCAGACACUGAUCAAGUCCACGUGGCCGUCCAUCCCCAACAAGGUGGACGCAGCAUACGAGAACCCAGAGAAGGAUCUAGUUAUCAUAUUUCGUGGGAUCCAAAUGUGGGCUUUGAAUGGAUAUAACCUUGUGGAUGGUUACCCGAAGUACAUACACAAACUUGGUCUUCCCAAGAAAAUAAGGAAAAUAGAUGCAGCUGUGCACAUCACAGACACCGGGAAAACGUUGUUAUUCACUGAUGAGCAGUAUUGGAGCUAUGAUGAAGCAGCAGGCACCAUGGACAGUGGCUACCCACGAUCCAUUGAGAAAGAUUUCCCUGGGAUGAAUGACGAGGUCGACGCAGCUGCUUAUCACUAUGGAUACCUGUAUUUCUUCCAUGAAAACCUGCAGUACGAGUACAGCUACACCCACAGGAAGGUCAUACGCAUCAUGAGGACCAACUCUCUUCUCCACUGUUGAUCAGCUGUGGCUCACAAGAAAAUGCAAAACAAGAAAUCCUAAAAAAAAAUUAAAAGACGUAGAUGCAGUUUGUUUAAUGAGCAAGUAAGUAGGAUGCAGGAUGUCCUUUAACAGUAAAGAAAGAAAGGUUUAUUUUUAUUAGUGCUGGACACCUGUAGGUCAUACAGUAUUAUUUAUCGGACACAGAAUGCUGUAAGAUUCCUCAGAAGUAUGUUUCCUUAGAUUAUUACUAUUUAUUUAAAUGUCUAUAUUUGUACUUCAAGUUUGACUAAGGACAGCAAGACCCUUAGCAGGUUAAGUUUCUUGUCAUUAACUGUUGUUUUUUUCUAAGCUCUUUAUUUUAACAUGUUCAACUAAUGUUUGUGUUUCAACCAAGAGCUUGGAAAAGUGCUAAAUGUAUUCUGAUUUUUCUGGUUUUUGGUAAGUUGUUUGAAUAACAAUAAAAGCAUCAAAGUAA